UGUAAAACCUCAAUCAACCAAAGCCUUUGCAAACAUUUGUUUAGUUUUUUUAUUUAAAAUCUGCGCCAAUUCGAAUAUCGAAUAUCAUUAUCGAUCUGAGCAAAGACACCGUCCUCCACCUACCGCACUAACUUUGAGUGAGAUCAUUGCCCAAUUAGCUUGACGCAAACUCAGACGUACCAUGAAUCGCUGGACAAAUCGUGUUGCCGUUGUCACCGGCGCCAGCUCUGGAAUCGGAGCAGCCUGCUGCCGGGAUCUGGUGGCCAAGGGAAUGGUCGUCGUGGGAUUGGCCAGAAGGGAGGAACGCCUCAAAGAGCUUAAAGCAUCCCUGCCCGCCGGCCAGGCAGCUAAUUUUCACGGCCGUCGUUGCGAUGUGAGCGAUGAGCAACAGGUUAAAGAGGCCUUCGCCUGGAUCGAUCAAGAUCUUGGUGGCGCCGAUGUGCUGGUCAAUAAUGCCGGAAUCAUACGACCCAUCAGAGUUAUGGAUGAGGACAACUCGGAGGCUUUAAAGGCCAUUCUGGACACCAAUGUGUUGGGUGUCACUUGGUGCACCAGGCAGAUGUUCCGAUCUCUGCUGCGCCGCAAGGUGAACGAUGGUCACGUGGUCAUCAUCAACAGUAUUGUUGGCCACAAAGUGCCCAUGCUGGAGGGCUUAAACAUGUAUGCUCCCUCCAAGCACGCAAUCACUGCGUUAACCGAAGUCCUGCGCCAGGAGUUCAUCAAGAGCGGUACCCAGACCAAGAUCACAAGCAUUAGCCCCGGUGUUGUGAACACUGAAAUCUUUGGUUCGAGCUCCAUUGAAGUGACCAGUUCCAUGCCCAUGCUUCGAUCUGAGGAUGUGGCCGACGCAGUGUCGUAUUGCAUCCAAACGCCCCCGAAUGUACAGAUACAUGAGCUUACUAUCAAGCCAGUUGGAGAGCAUUUCUAAAGAGCAUUGGUUUCUUGAUAAGAAACCCAAUGAUAAAUGCAUAAAUAUUUGCUACUUAAAAAAAUAUAAUCAAAGUAUGAGUGUAAAGCUAAUAAACAGAACACUUUGCAUCGAGA